AUGGCUACUGUUGAAGGAUGUUUGGUUGCCAGUACUCACAGAGGUUGCAAGGCCCUUUCCAGUUCUUUUGAAGGAGGUGUAAACAGCGUCAUUUUGAGCGACGGAAUGACUAGAGGUCCAGUUGUUCAAUUUGCCAACACAAAGAGAUGUAACGAGCUUAAACAAUUCAUUGAUAAUCCAGAAAAUUUCAAGGAAUUAUGUAGAGUUUUUAACAGUGAUUCUCGUUUUGCUAGAUUGUUGGAAGUUAAAGUUGGUAUUGCUGGUAGAAAGGCAUUCUUGAGAUUCAAGUGCCGAACUGGUGAUGCUAUGGGAAUGAACAUGAUUUCAAAAGCAACACAAAAGGCUCUUAAAUUCUUGAAGAAUGAACACUUCCAAGAUAUGGACAUUUUAAGUUUGAGUGGUAACUAUUGUACAGAUAAGAAGCCAUCAGCAAUGAAUUGGAUUGAAGGUAGAGGUAAAUCCGUUGUUGUUGAUGCUACCAUUCCAAAGGAUGUUGUGAAGAAUGUUCUUAAGACUACAGUUGAUGAAAUUGUCAGUCUCAAUAUAUCUAAGAAUUUAAUUGGUAGUGCUAUGGCUGGUUCUGUUGGUGGUUUCAACGCUCAUGCUGCCAAUAUCGUGACAGCAAUCUUUUUGGCUACUGGUCAAGAUGCUGCCCAAAAUGUGGAAAGCUCGAAUUGUAUGACUAUUAUGGAAAAGACUGAUAAUGGUGAUUUAUAUGUCUCUGUGACAAUGCCAUCUAUUGAAGUAGGUACAGUUGGUGGUGGUACUCACUUGGAUGCUCAAAAGACUUGUUUGAAGAUUAUUGGUGUUGCUGGUGCAAACCAAGAAAAUCCAGGUCAAAAUGCUCAAACCCUUGCCAAAUGUGUUGCUAGUACUGUAAUGGCUGGAGAACUUUCUCUCAUGGCUGCUCUUGCUGCUGAUCACUUGGUGUCUGCUCAUAUUGCUCACAACAGAAAGAAGUAA